UACCACCUGUCAGUGCCCAUCAAUGUCAGCUGUCAGUGCCCAUCAAUGCCACCUUCCAGUGCCCAUCAGUGCCACAUCACAGUGCCCAUCAAUGCCACAUAUCAGUGACCAUCUGAGCUGCCUUUCAGUAUCACCUAUCAGUGCCACCUAUCAAUGCCAGUCAGUGCCACCUAUCAGUGCUGCCAAUCAGUGCCGCCUAUCAGUGGGCAUCAGUGCCGCCUAUCAGUGCUGCCUAACAGUGACAGUCAGUGCCACCUAUCAGUGCCAGUCAGUGCCACCUAUC